AAAGGGGAAAUAAGGAGGCAGUCGCCACUUGCCUGGGAGUGAAGAAGAUACCAAUAUUGAGAAAAUUCUCAGAUUAUGUAUUCACCCCAGCGAUCGUUUACAUGUGGACGAGCGGCAUCCUCGUCGGACACUGAGAGAUCAAUCCCAGAGCCAAGGGGACUGGAAGCUUCUUUGCUGCAAUUAGUUCAAGAACAUAGUCACACCUCUCUCCUACUUCGCCAGCAGACCGAGAAAGCUAAGAAAGAGGCCAUAAGAAAAACUCUGCGUGUUUCGGAUCUCUUGGUGGAAACCGUCAAUGGCGGGGUACAAGAGUGCUAUGUCAUCGAGAAGCGCAUUGAGCAAGAGAUUCGAGCAUUGUCUGCAACUAUUUCCCGGUUCAUGAAGCAGACGGAUCAAUGGCUUGUGACAACUCAUGCUCUGAACACCGCUGUUAAGGAAAUUGGCGACUUCGAAAACUGGAUGAAGAUCAUGGAGUAUGAUUGUAAAAGUAUCACUGCUGCAAUCCAUAACAUUCAUCAAGAGUGAUCAUGUGUGCGGUGAGUUGUCAAUUUGUCAUGCAAAUGACCGUGACAUGUUCUCCUUACCCUUUCAAUUAUGUAUUAAUCUAUUGGAUUGCAUUUGAUUUUGUGUUCCAUUGGAUUAACCAUUUUAAAGCUGCAGUUGAUUGGUACCAUAAUUCUGAAUGCGACUAACCAUUUGACAAGCAUAAAUUACACGAGUCUUCUGCAGCACUAGAGAACAAAAUAUUUUUUCCUUGAAUUAUUUAUUUUUGAUGUACUUGAGCACCCCCGGUUUUGUGUAUUUAAAUAAUGGCAAGAUAUUAUAUAAUUUUGACUAGAUGUUUCCGAAUCA